AUGGGUGGCGCUAGCAGAGAAGGUGGCAAGGCCAAGCCUCUUAAGGCCGCUAAGAAGGAGAAGAAGGAGCUAGACGAGGACGAGCUUGCAUUCCGUGAGAAGCAGAAGGCCGAUGCCAAGGCGAAGAAGGACAUGGCUGAGGCUGCCAAGGGCAAGAAGGGACCCCUCAACACUGGUCAGCAGGGUAUCAAGAAGUCUGGCAAGAAAUAA